AUGAGUUACGUCGCACGUCGCGGUCUCUCGACUCUGAUCCCCCCCAAGGUUGCUUCUCCUACUGGAAUUGGAGCAGCCCAAGAUGCAGCCCGCAUGGAACGCAUCGUGGGCUUCUAUGAGAAAUUACCACGUGGGCCAGCACCCGAAAUUAAGCCUACGGGUCUCAUCGGACGGUACCAAGCUCGAUAUUUCGGAAAGAACCCCUCUGCAAUGCCAAUUCUCCAUGUUAUUGGUGGAUUGAUGUUUAUGGGUUACAGCAUGGAGUACUACUUCCAUCUUCGCCACCACAAGAACAAUGCCCAUUAA